CAAAAAUAGCCGCGUCACACGAAACCAGGAAUUUCGAAGAUGAACUGGCGAAUAAUAAAGAAAAAUUCCGCGGAGCUAAGUCGUAAAUUGCAGCCUCCAAAAAUCCUCCCAACAAAUAUUUGGAGAGCCCAACAAAAACUCCCCCAUUUUCUUUUGCCCAAGGCUCGAGUUACCCCCGGAUAAAAUGAAAAAACAAAAAUUCCAGCUCAUCAAAAAAUACAACACAGGGAGUUUCUUUAAUCAACACUUGCAAAACUGCCCCUUCUCGCAAUCUUCGCCGGAAUUACGCGUGCUCAUCUUUUUGUUCACGUUAAAAUCCCAAAAGAAAACAAAGGGUUCUCGUGCCCGCCUUCACGCGUUUCUGUGCCUCGACAAACUGCCGCGUCAUUGGUUACCUUGGGCGACGGCGACACCCGAGAGUCCCAACCCCUAACGUACGACUCGCGCACGGGACAGGCUCUCUGGCACCGGCAGUCAACCUGCACAGCCAGCACGUGCAGGGGUCAUCGAAGCCCCUUCGGCUGUUUUCUGUUAUUCUUGGUGACGUCUCGUCUUGCACGGCGAAAUCAAUGGCAGGCGGUGAGAGAGAGAGCGAGAAAGUGAGACUUCUGGGAGGGUUCCACGGAGGUGUCCUUGCAGAGGUCGCUUCAGACCGCGGCCCGACCACGUCUCCGCUCGCGGUCUUCCCGAGUCGGCCCGUACAAGACGCGAUGCCUCACCGCCGACGCGUGAUGCCCAAGACGACGCUGGUGGCGCCCUUUCCGUCCUCAGGAUCCUCGUCCCCGAAACGCUGCAGCAAGCCGCAACAGUCCCAGCACCAGCAACCGGUGAUCAUGGUCAAGAACGGGCUGAGCUUCUUGCAGAACAACCUGAGCCUCGUCAAGAUCUCGCCGCCAGGGUCACCGGGCGAGACCAGGGGUCCGCAGGGUCUCGUCGUGGCCCUGGAGUCCAGCGGCCCCGAGUCGGCAAACUAUCGCUCGCCGACGGCGCAGUCCCAGCUGAGGCCCCAGCUCUACGUUCGCAGCCAGAGCAGCCAGCAGUUCCCGAGGAGCCUUCACGAACCCACGGUUCGCGUCCAGCAGUUGCCGCCAAAUUUCUCGAGGACAGCGUCGUGUUCGACCAUCAGCCCUGAAGCCGUGUCCUCGCCAGUCCACCAGAGGAUCCGACCAAAGAAUCCAAAGUAA